AUGGUUAUGCCUUUCGGACUAACCAAUGCGUCCGCAUCUUUUCAAGCUUUUAUAAAUCAUGUUCUACAAGAACACAUCGAUGUAAUCUAUAUUGUCUAUCUAAACGACAUUUUGAUCUACAGUAAAAAUCUUGAAGAACACAAGAAACAUAUCAACCUAAUCCUCGCCUCCCUACGAGAAUACAACUUGCAAUACGCAAGAGAAAAAUCUGAAUUUGCUGUUACCGAAUAUGAAUUCUUAAAAGCCAUAAUUACUUCUAAUAGUGUUAAAAUGGACCCAAAAAAGGUCCAAGCUAUUCAAAAUUGGCCUAUCCCUCAAGAAAUCAAGGAAAUACAGUCAUUUUUAGAACUCUACAACUAUUAUCGAUGUUUCAUUCGAAAGUAUAACUUCAUAUCAGCAGCGCUAUCUGAACUUACGAAAAAACAAGUUAAAUUCGAAAUAACACCCGAACAAAUCGCCACUUUCGAUACCCUCAAAAAUUCCUUCGUAUCCGCCCCAAUUCUUAGAAUUUACGAUUCAAAAUUACCUAUCAAAGUUGAAACAAACGCCUCUAUAGCAGCUCUUAGAGCUUGUUUACUACAAUUACACCCCAAUAAAAAAUGGUACCCAGUUGCCUACAUCUCUCACAAAUUCGACGCUACCCAGCUACGAUACGCUAUACAUGAUAAGGAACUCAUGACUAUCGUAAAAACUUGUCGAAAAUAG